AUGUGUAAUGUUCAAGAUCCAUUUAUAGUUUUAGUCAAACAAAAAUCUUCGGAAAAAAUUUAUGGAGGAUAUAAUCCACUCGGUUUUCGUAAUGGAAGUAAAUGUUUUGCAAGUGAAAGUUUUAUAUUUUCUUUUGCAAAUGACAAGGAUAUUACAAAUAUGAAUGCAAUAAGGAGAUACGACACGGAAGAUGAUGAAUGUGAUUAUACAUAUGAUAAUACAAAUAGAUUUAAUUUUGGAAAUACGUUUUAUAUGAAUGGUCAAUAUGUUUAUUUAAUUAAAAACUCUGGCUUUUAUGAUGUAAAUUUUACAAAUUCAACGAAAACUAAAUUUAUUCCAGAGGAAAUUGAAGUCUUUAAAGUGAAAAAUAUAUUUAAUUAA